CCCGGGCAGCUCAGCGUUGCAGCGAUGUGGCGGAUGCGGACACGGCUACUCACCGGCUACCUGGUCCUGCUGGCCAUCGGCCAUCUGCCGGAGCACGGCGUUCUGGGCCAGAAGUACUACAUGAACUUUGCCUUCAACAACAAUAACCCGGACGCAGAGGGCGGCGGCGGAGAUGGUGGUGCCGCUGGUGGCGGUCCCGGCGGUCCUCCUGGAGGAUCUCACGAGGGUCCGCCCCACUCGCCCGGCAUGGAUGAGAGCGGGCCGACGGAUGGGCCCAUCGAAGAGCAUCACCCUGCCGACACUACUCAUGAGGAGCCUGGGGAUCACGGAAUCGAUGAAAACGAUCAUGGUGAUGGUGAUCAUGGUUCAGGGGGCGACGACCCUGGGGAACCCCAUAGUCAGGGCGGCAGCGGCGGCGUCGGGAUCAGUGGCGUUGAAGAGCACAAUGGCGGUCGCGACGAUGAUAAUGAUGACAGCGACAGCAAGGAUGACAAGGAUCGGCGCCAGAGGGCGGAGCAGAACGAGCACAGCCAGGAGGGGAAGCGCAACGAUCACAGCCACCACAGUAGCUACGAGAUCAGCAUCGACGACAGCUUCGGCGGGCGGUACGUGCGCUCCAUUUACGAGAGCAGCGAGAGCCACGGCCACUCCGGCAGCCAAGCGGGCUCCAACCAGCGGGACAGCGGACCCCGGGACAGCAGCGCGGAGGGCCCGACUCGCCAGGAUCAAAUAGAGGAAGCCAAGAGGGUGGAUGCAGAAGAGGGUCAAUUCGAUGGCAAUGUGCAAGAUGCGCCGGAAACUGGAGUACCAAGAGGCAAGGAGGAUGACUACGAGGAAAUGUAACAACACCGGAAGAGCUAACAAACAGAGAUGUCAAUUUGAGCACUUUUGGAAGACGCAGCCACUUCAUUUGAGUUAAUCAUUAAAAUGCCAAUAAAAUUUAAACACCAA